AUGGACGCGGCGGAGAGGCAGCUGAUUCUAGGGGGCGAGGCGGCCGCUCUGAUCGCGACAAUGCGUCAGAACGAGCGCUGGGAUGCCGCUGGUAUGGAGGUUGACCCCCUCCUGGGCGAUUUGCAGCGGCUCCGGCGCGAGGCGUACCGCUCCGACGACGCCUGGCGCGCGGAACCGUACCGCUGCUUCGCACCCUUCAUCGAGGUCGUGCGGGCAGCGGAGGCGAACAGCGUGAUCACUGCGGUGGCGCUCAGAGCAGUGGAGAAGCUCCUUUCGUUCGAGUUCAUCGACGUUCAGCUGCCUGUGGCGUCCGACGCGAUCACGGAAGUGGUCCGCGGGAUCAUGGAGUGCAAGUUCGAGAGCACGGGGCGGUCGGACGACGAAAACAUCCUCAUGCGGAUGCUGCAGGCGCUGCAAGCUUGCGUGCGCUGCCAAGCCGGGGCCACCCUGUCCGACGAGGGCCUGCUCCUGGUCCUCAGGACCUGCCACCAGCUCGGCAUGAACUCCGUGAACGAGUCCGACAUCCUCAAGCACAGCUGCCGUCAAAUCCUCUUCGAGAUCGUGUCCGAGGUCUUCUCACGAAUCGCCAUGGGCGCGAAGGCCCCCUCCCACGCCCUGGGGCCCCUCGGCUUCCUCCUAGCCCUCUGCGAACCCCCUCCGCCUACCGCCGGGGGCGUGCAAUCGCCCGCCGCGGAGGAGACGGCGCUGCUGGCGCUCGAGCUGCUCGACACCGCGCUCAAGCUCGGCGGCGCCGCGCUCGCCCGCGACCAGGAGGUCGUCGCCUGGGUCCUGGGACCCCUGUUCUCGAAAAUCGUGCAAGUCGCGACACAGCCCGAACCCUCCUUCCUGGCGUGGGUGUGCAGCAUGGCGCUGACGCUCUACAUCCACCUGGGCCACACCGCGCUGCUGUACCUCGACACGCUCCUCCGCGGCGUGUUGCUGCCGAUCGCGCGCGGGGAGAGCGCGGCGUCGCAGGCUGCGCAGGAGGCCGCGCUCGAGGGCGUCCUGGACCUGCUCCACCAGCCGUGCUUCGCCACCGACAUCUUCGCGUCCCUCGACUGCCGGAUUGAGCGCUCGAACCUCUUUGAGCAGAUCUGCCUGCUUCUCGCCGACGUGUCGCACCCGGUGGGCUCCAAGCCGCUCGGGCCGAUCCAGCUGCUCGCCGUCGAGGGCCUCUUCGCCAUCCUCGGCACGCUCGAGGCGUGCGCAGAGGACGGCGCCGAGGCGUCGGCGUCGUUCGGCAAGCGGGUGCCCCUGAUCGGGCGACUCAUGCUGGAGCGCGAGCGCGCGGCGGCGGACGGCGCCGGCGGCGACGGGGAGUGGGGCGGGGAGUACGUGGACGUGUGGGGGGUGUUGAACCGCGACGAGCUGGUGUCGGUGGCGACGCUCGGGCGGUCGGCGGGCGAGGAGGCGGCUCCGGGGCCGAACGCGGACGCGGGAAUGGAGGAUCUGCUUUUAGGAUGUUUGCUGGAAAAACACAUCAAGAACAUACUGCAGGUGGCGGCGGAGCACUUCAACAAGAGCCCGAAGCAGGGCCUCAAGUACCUGCAGAGCGUCAAGCUGCUCCCGCGGACGGGCGACGGCGAGGGCCCGGAAGCAAUCCCGCCCGCGAAAGUCGCGGUGUUCCUGCGCAAGUCCCUCGGGCUGGACCAGCACCAGGUCGGGCUGCAGGUCGGCGGCGCGAAGCCGCACCAGCAGGAGCUCCUGCGGCACUUCGUCGCGCUGUGCGACUUCCGCGGCCUCGGCGUCGACGACGCGUUGCGCUUCUUCUUCGACAACUUCAACCCCGGCGGCGAGGCGCAGGUGCUCGACCGCGUGCUCAAGGCCUUCGGGGAGCACUACUUCGCGCUGAACGGGCGCAGCGAGGAGCGCCCGGACGCGAUGCUGGUCUCCGCGGAGCAGACGAGCGACCUGGCGUACUUCAUGACGGUUCUCAACAGCAUCCACCACAGCGCGAACCCCUCGGUGAAGAAGAUGUCGCGCGGGGACUUCGUGAACGUGAUGCGCGGGACCACCGCGGGCGACCAGUACACUACGGAGUACCUCGAGGGGAUUUACGACUCCGUGGCGGCGCACGCGAUCCGCUCGACGGCCGACAUGCCCGAGGACGCGCGCGCGCUGACGUUCUCGCAGCUGAUCCAGGUCCGCCAGGAGGCGCGCUCGCUCCGCGGCAAGAUGCUGCACACGGAGCCGCCGGCGUGCCCGUUCCUGGACCUGCUGCUGAACUGCGCGUGGGGCCCCGCGCUCGCGUCGAUGAUCGUCGUGCUCGACUCCGAGGUCGACGGCUCCGCGGUCGAGAAGGCGCUCACGGGCGUGCGCCUCAUCGUGCGCGUCGCCACGCACUUCAAUCUCAUGGAAGCAGUCGACGCAGCGGUGACCUCGCUGUGCCGGCUGACGUCGAUCCUGGACCCGCGCGACGCUGCGUGCAUCGUGAAGUACGGCACGGACACGUCGAUGCAGCGCGUCGUCGAGACCGUGUUCGAUUUGGUGCAUGCGUACGGCGACCACCUGGACGUGUCGUGGGGGCCCGUGGUCGCGCUGAUCCUCAAGCUGGAGCGCGCCGGGAUCGUGCAGCUCGGGGACGUGUGCAACAGCGCGAUGGAGGACGGCGCGGACGCCGCGGAGCGGCCUGCGGCGCCGCCGCAGGGCGCGGACGACGGCAGCGCGGACGACGGCGACGGCGACGGCGCGAGCGCCGGCGAGAAGCUGCUGCCGACGGGCGCGCCGCUCCACAAGGACGACUCCACGGGCUCCGGGUUCAUGCGGUCGUUCCAGAGCCUGUUCACCGGCCGCGACGACACGUCGGCGCUGCUGUCCAGCAAAGAGGGGCAGCGGGCGCGCGCCGCGGCGCUGCAGUCCGCGGCGCGCCUGCGGCUCGGCGAGCUGCUCGCGGACUCCAAGUUCCUCACGCGCGGCUCGCUCGCGGCGCUGUGCCAGGCGCUCCUCGCAGCCUCGGGCAUCCAGGGCCGCGGCGACGGCAUGGCGCCGCAGGGGCGCAAGGCGGCGGCGGCGUCGUUCGGGUCGGCGGUCGCGGCGCUGCAGAUCCUCAUCGCGGUCGCGCUGCGGAACCGCGACCGCGUGCAGGUCGUCUGGCCGCACCUGCAAGCCUUUCUGGAGGGGGCCUUGCGCCCGGCCGACGGCGGCGACGGGAGCGUGGUGGCGUCGGGCGGGGACGGGGCGCGGCUGCUGCUGUCGCGCGCGGUGUGCGGGGCGCUGCAGAUAUGCCGGCGGCUCCUGUGCUACAAGGAGGGGUCGGAAAAAUACCUGACGUCAGCGCUGCACUCUCUCCUGCAUAUGGACCCGCGGGACGCGUGGGACCAGGCGCACGCCAUCGCCAGCGAGCUCUCGCUGCUCCUCCGGACGUCCGCGCGCCACAUCCGCUCCCCGAACGCGUGGAAGCCGAUCCAGGUGCUGCUGAACGCCACCGCGCGGCACCCGCAGGCGGGGCCUGUGGUGUGCCACGCACUGGCGGUGCUGCUGUCGUCGUCCGCGGACGAGGCGGCGCGCAUCGCGACGCCGAUGCCGCUCGCGGGCUUCCAGAGCCUGCUGGCCGUCGUGACGGCCAUGAUGGACUCCGCGGACAGCACGGAAGAGGCCGAGACGGCGCUCGCGCUCCUGCAGGACGCGGGCCUGUGGCUCUGUCGCAACGGGCGCUCCCAGGUGGCGUCAGGGGAGGGGUUUGCCGCCGACACCCCCCCCUCGGAGCGCGAGGGCGCGCUGCAGCACGGCUUCGGCGCCCUCAUGGGCGUCGUCACGGACCUCUGCCGCGCCCCCGACCACCGCGUCAGGGAGGGGGCUGUUAAGAUUCUCCUCGAGCUGACAGCAGCGGCGGGGGAGUUGAGCCUCGGCGGCGGCGCGUGGGUCGACAUCCUCCAGGGCCACGUCCUCCCGCUUCUCGAGCACCUGCUCGCGUCGCAGCGCGCGCUCCCGGACGGCACGCGCCUGCUGCGCGCCGGCGUCACGGCGCUGUCGCGCGCGGUGCUGCACGAGCUCGGCCCGCUGGCGAACGACCCGGGCUUCCCCGCGGUGUGGUCGCGCGCGCUCACGCUGAUGGAGUCGUGCAUGAGCCUCGAUUCCGAGGAGGUGUCCGAGGCGGUGCCGGAGACCCUGCGCAACAUGCUGGUGGUCAUGGCGAGGAGUCAGGUCCUGACGCCGCAGUGGAAGGAGGCGCAGUCCGGGCGCGACAUGUGGGGCCUCACGUGGCGGCUGGCGCGCUCGGUGUCGCAGUCGCUGACGCCAGAACUCAUCUUGCAGACCUGA